GCCUGACUGAACCUGUGUGUGUAUAAAUGUAAGUGCACAGGGGACCUCCUCUUGGCGCGCGUCUCCUCUUUACAUUCAUCUUCUGAUCAGUUCUCGAUCACUGGCUGCUGCUAGCAGCCUGCUGCCAUAGCUGCAAGACAGGCAGUUCCGAUCCCUGUGUCUCAAGCAAAUUAAUUAAACAAAAGCAAGAUCAUCAUCAGUUGUUAAGAGACUAGAAAAGCAACCGCCAACAGAGAAAGACAGAUGAUGGAGGGGGGCAUGGACGCUGCAAGGAUCAUAGGGUACUUGAAGGGGAAGAGCAUCCUCAUAACCGGCUCUACUGGCUUUCUUGGAAAGAUUCUUGUGGAGAAGAUCCUGCGGGUGCAGCCUCAUGUCCACAAGAUGUACCUCCUGGUACGAGCCAUCGACGCGCAGGCCGCCAAACACCGCGUCCAGCAAGAGGUGAUCGGUGCGGAGCUGUUCGGUCUCCUGAGAGAAAAGUACGGCGGCGAGGGGUUCGACUCGUUGAUCGAGGACAAGAUUGUUCCUUUGGCCGGAGACAUCACCCGCGAGGACCUGGGCCUCGACGCACCCACACUGCGCCACCUGGCCAAGAACAUGGACGUCAUCGUCAACAUCGCUGCAACCACCAACUUCUACGAAAGGUAUGACGUGUCCUUGGACGUGAACGUGAUGGGGGUGAAGCACCUCUGCCAGUUCGCCAAGCAGUGCGCCAACCUCAAGAUGCUCAUGCAUGUCUCCACGGCUUUUGUGCGUGCAGCUUUUGUGUCCGGCGACAGCGCGGAGGCGAUCCCGGAGAAGCCCAUCACGCCCGGCGAGUCGCUGCGCCAAGGCUUGCGCCUCGACAUCGACGCCGAGCUGCGCCUCGUCGGCGACGUCAAGAAGGACCUGACGGCGGCCGCCCCCGGCGACGACGAGAGGAAGGCCAUGAAGGAGCUCGGCCUCCGGCGUGCCCGCCACUUCGGCUGGUCCAACACCUACGUCUUCACCAAGGCCAUGGGCGAGAUGGCGCUGGAGCUCCACCGCGGCGACGACAUGCCCGUGGUCAUCAUGCGCCCCAGCAUCAUCACCAGCGUCCGGGCGGACCCGCUGCCGGGGUGGAUGCAGGGCACGCGCACCAUCGACACGCUCAUCAUCGGCUACGCCAAGCAGAACAUCUCCUGCUUCCUCGCCGACCUCCGCGUCGUCAUGGACGUCAUCCCGGGGGACAUGGUCGUCAACGCCAUGCUGGCGGCGGCGCGCUCGGGGGAGAAGGGGGCGCCGCCGGCCAUCUACCACCCCACCUCGUCGCUGCGCAACCCGGUGACCUACGCGGUGCUCUACCGCGCCGGCGCCCGGCACUUCAUCGAGCACCCGCGCGUGCGGGACAACGGCGAGGUCAUCCCCAACAGGGAGAUGCGCUUCUUCUCCACCAUCCCGCGCUUCCGCCUCUACAUGAUCCUCACCUACAAGCUGCCGCUGGAGCUCCUGCACGCGGCCAACCUGCUGCUCUGCGGGACCUUCUCCAAGCUCUACAACGACUCCAACCGAAAGUACAAGUUCGUCAUGCAUCUCGUUGACGUCUACGGCCCCUUCGCAUUCUUCAAAGGAUGCUUCGACGACACGAACCUGGAGAGCCUGAGGUCAACAAUGGUACCGAGGAAGAGCCCUGAAGAUGAGAUGUUCAACUUUGAUCCCAAGAUCAUCGACUGGGACGACUACUUUUACAGAAUUCACAUUCCUGGUGUCCUCAAGUACGUCUGCAAGUGAUCAAGCAGCAAGACUUUGUUUUCUUGCUCCUGCACCUCGUUCAUACGUAUACAUACAUGGACAAAAGAAUAUAUGAAACUCUGUUCUCACACACACACACACACACACACACACACACACACACUUGAAGACCCACCAAUUGUUUCUUUUAUUCUGUAAUUAAUUACAGUACAAACGAUGUUAUAAGUUGAAUUGGCUGUUAAUAAAUGUACUGAUGAAGCACCAUAUAUAUAUAUAUGAAAUAAUAAUAUUGA